UGUUUAAUUUACUCGAUCCCCCAUGCCUCAUGCAACUAUUUGCUACUCCAUAUAAUACCGUUUCACAUCAGCAAAACCUUUCAACUUUCCUUUCUGGUCACAGUCUCAAAAUAAUAAGUAAUGUUUCGCCAGCUUUUCUUCAUCCUUCUACUCUCCAUCUGCUGUAGAAUGAAUGAUGUAGUUGCGGCUAAUUCCAGCAAAUGUCUUCAGGGUCAGAAGGUGUUGCUGCUGCAGCUCAGAAAUAACCUUACUUAUAAUUCUGAGGCAUCCAUCAAGCUGGCAACAUGGGACGAGAGGAUUGAUUGCUGUCAAUGGCAGGGUAUCACCUGCAAUGUUGCAGGUCAAGUUAUUGGUAUUGACCUUAGCUAUGAAUCCAUCUCGGGCAGUAUCAAUAAUUCUGCAUUACCUAAUCUUAAGUUUCUUUCAGUUAUCGUUCUUGAUUGGAAUGAUUUAUCUUCUCCAAUUCCAGAAUUCUUUGCGGACUUCUCCAAUCUAACAGUCUUGAGUCUAAGAUCCUGUAAUUUGACAGGAGAAGUACCUGAGAAAAUAUUCCAGGUACCAACUCUGCAGAAAAUUGACUUGUCAUACAAUUAUGUGCUUCGGGGUUCUUUACCUGAAUUUCCUUCAAAUGCAUCUUUAGAAAGUCUGGUUCUCAGCUAUACAAAUUUUUCAGGAAGUUUACCCAAGUCCAUUGGGUUGCUUACUAAGCUGAUUGAUCUUGAACUUUUGGAUUGCAAUUUUACAGGUCAAAUCCCAUCUUCUAUAGAAAACCUUACCCAGCUUCGUUAUCUGGAUUUCUCCCAGAAUCUCUUCACUGGAUCAGUACCAUCCUUUAGGCAAUCCAAAAAUCUUACUAUGAUAAAUUUUCAACGAAAUAAUUUCUCCGGUGAGAUUUCGUCUUCUCACUGGGUUGGCCUUGAGAAUCUUAUAGUCCUUAUUUUGAGCGAAAAUUCACUUUCUGGGAUAAUUCCAGUAUCACUGUUUUCCCUACCCUCACUUCAGUUCUUAGAUUUGUCCGCCAACAAUUUUACUGGCCAAAUAACUGAACUACAGAAUGUGACUUCUUCUUCACUGAUAAAGCUUUAUUUGGCUGGCAAUAAAUUGGAAGGGCCAAUACCAGAGUUUUUCUUUGAGCUACACCAUCUGCAAGAACUUGCACUUUCUUACAACAAAUUCAAUGGUACUGUGAAAUGGAAAAAGUUCACAAAGCUUAAGAACCUUGUUGCUCUUGUUCUGUCCUACAAUAGGUUAUCAGUUGACACAAAUAUAAGUGAAUCAGAACUCGCCUUGCUUCCCCAUUUGAGUAUUUUAAGGUUGGCCUCUUGCAAUCUGUACAAUAUUUCUUUCCUUGAGAAGCAAUCUGAGUUGACGUUGUUAGAUCUGUCGAUCAACCAUAUCAAAGGUAAAAUUCCAAACUGGAUAUGGGACGGAGGUCUCACUGAUCUGAAUCUAUCUCGUAAUCAGUUCACACACCUGCAGGAGCCUUACAGAUUUCGCAAUAUAGAUUCCCUUGAUCUACAUUUGAAUCUGCUCACCGGGGAAAUUCCAUUACCACCACGUGCAGCUUUAUAUGUAGACUUCUCCAGCAAUAAAUUUACUACUAGUAUACCACCUGAUAUUGGCAAUCACCUCUCAAGUGUCGUGUUCCUCUCAAUUGCAAACAACACAAUCAAUGGAACUAUCCCUUCUUCAAUAUGUAACGCGACCAAUCUUGAAGUACUUGAUUUGUCCAGCAACAAAUUGAGUGGCAGAAUACCAGCAUGUUUAGCUGAACAAAGCAGCCGUAGUUUGAAAGUGCUGAACCUUGGAAGAAACAAUCUCAGGGGUAAUUUGCCUGGAAACUUUUCAGAGAAGUGUAGCUUGGAGACCAUAGAUCUAAGGCAGAAUAACUUGGAGGGGAAGAUUCCUCGGUCUAUAUCCAAUUGCAGGAAACUGAAGGUGUUAAACUUGGGAAACAACAAGAUAACUGAUACCUUACCCUGCUGGUUGAAGAGCUUGUCAAAUCUCCAUGUACUUGUGCUACGGUUCAAUAAUUUCCAUGGCAACAUUGAUUGCUCUGGGGUCAAUUACACCUGGCCUGCUCUCCAAAUAAUUGAUCUAGCUUCCAAUAAUUUCAGUGGCAUUCUGCCAAGAAAUAUAUUCAUGGAUCUGGAAGCUAUGAAGGUUAACUCAGUGGAACCACAUCCUCGCCUUUAUCAUCUGCAUUUUCAGUCUGAAUCAGCGUCAAUAGCUUACUACCAGGACUCAGUCAUUCUUUCUCUUAAAGGACGAGAAGUCACCAUAGGGAAAAUUCUCAUAAUCUUCAACUCCAUUGACUUGUCGAAUAACAGUUUUAUUGAAGGCAUACCUGAGACAGUCGGAGAACUCAAAUCUCUUCGUCUUCUCAACUUGUCUCACAAUGCUCUCACUGGCCAAAUCCCGGCGGCAGUUGGAAAUUUGAAGCAACUGGAAUCAUUAGACCUCUCAUUCAACAAGUUAGAGGGGCGUAUCCCUGAAAAGCUUUCAGAUCUCACAUUUCUUUCGUUGUUAAAUUUAUCAUACAAUGAACUGGUUGGAAUGAUCCCACAAGGCAACCAAAUGCAAACGUUUUCAGAAAGUUCAUUCGUGGGAAACAAGGGACUGUGUGGCUUUCCACUCCACAAAACGUGCAAUAGUGACAUAGAAGAAGCAGCUCUGCAGCCAGAAUCUGAAGACGUAGAGGGGCAGUUCUUUAGCAGGACAGAGAUGUAUGUAAGCGUAGCAUUAGGAUUCGCUGCUGGUUUGGCAAUCAUAUUUCUACCCCUCUUGGUUUCCAGAAGAUGGAGAGAAUGUUACAACAAGCUGAUUGAUGGACUAAUUUUCUGGGUGUUUAGCAAGGUUGGUGUAAAGAAACGACAACGUAAUACUAGCAUCAGUGAAAUAUACUGGAAAAAGAAAGCAAGGAAAUCCCACUGCCAAGUUCCAAGAUGAUUAAAGCCAGACCACAUGUCACAGGUUCGAGCUGAAAACAGUGUCUCCUAGAAAUAUCGGGUAAGUUUGCGUACAAUACACCUUUGUGGUCUAGCCCUUCCCCGGACCUGCAUAACGGUAGCUUAGUGCACUGCACUUCUUUUUUUCAUACGUCAUUUCCAAAAAUCGGCUCUCAUAUUUGGUUUACAGAAUGAGGAUUGAGUUGUGAUGGGAAUUUUUGAACCUUUUCAUAUUACAAAUUUUAUGAUUUUUCAAUAUUAUUGGUUAUACAGUAAAUUUUUGUUCAACUCUUGAAGCCAAUUAUCCCAUUAAUGGUUUACUUAGUAUUCACUAACAGACCUACUUAUUAGUCAUUACUCCUUGUUUUCAUCCACUACAUACGUACCUUUUUCAAACUCAUAGGUCUACAGCCUACUAAAUCAUGAGCUACUCUAUGAUGCUAAUAUUCUUAUGCUCAUAUAA